AUGCCUCCUGCUUCGCCCUCGACACCCAAGCUGGUCCCUCAAGGACGACCAUUCGCCCCUCCUUUCUCGCCUCUGUUCCCAUUUUUCAAUCCUGGGAUUACGGGUGAUGCUCCUGCACCAUUUAACCUUGCCCAACUGCUUGGUAACCAAUUAGAACAAAAAGCGGAGGAGGAUGAGGCGAAGCAAGAGACUAAAGAGGAGCCAAAACCAGAGCCCAACCUGAAAUUGUCAACCAGCACAAGCCUGGAGCUGCCAAAAGUUGAUCCUCCCUCGCUCUCCCCUUCAGGAAGCAGUGAAGCGUCAGCAUCUACGGAGCAGAACCAUGAACACACCGAUGGAUCCUCGAUAAGCAGAUCUGGAGAAUCUGAUGCUGAUGAACGCAAGUCACAUCAGCAGUCAGAAACUUCUUCAGUCAUUACGGCAGAGCGACCUGUAGCACCGAGUACCCCAUCGCAGCCAGUGGAAAAUCCCUUGGAGGCAAUGCAAAAAAUGUGGGCAGAAACCGAGCCACCACCACCGCGACAGCUCCCUGUGCUCUCAAAACACCAAUGUGCAGUUUGCUUCAAGCACUUCAGCUCCAGUUCAGCUCUGCAAAUCCAUAUGAGAACGCAUACAGGCGACAAGCCAUUCAAAUGUGAGAUGUGCGGUCGUGCAUUUACCACUCGUGGAAACCUCAAGGUCCACAUGGGUACCCACAUGUGGCAGCAGAGCCCUAGCAGACGAGGUCGCCGAAUAUUUGAUGCCGGUGUGGGUGGAGAAGAAGCUGGACCCCGUCCAGUUUCUUUACCCGGUGGCGGAGCACUUCCAAUGCCUCCACCUCUUGCUUUAUUCGCUCCAGGUGCAGUGCCUAAUAUGGAAAUGAUGAUGAUGCUAUGGCGAACAGUUUGUUCUGUUUGUCAAAAGGUAAGAAUCCGCUACUAUCACAAAUACAAUCAUAAUAGGAUAUGGUGGAAAAUCUGGAAUUCCAAGUUUCUCUAAAA